GACAGACGUGAAAUUUUUGUUGAAUCAUCGCGAUUGAGCAAAGCCCUGACCAGUGCAAAGUUACACGAUAGGCUACGUGGUCACCAGCUGCUGGCUACCCAUUACAACGUUAUCGUGGAGCGCGUUGAACCCGAACGGUAAAUUAGACACACAAAAAAUGACUAAAUUCCAAGUUGACAGCCCGAACGUUACGUAUGGCGUACGUUACAUCGAAGCGGAUUACGAUUACUGCACGUCACGCGUGGAGCCGGCCUCCGAUGGAGGGUACAAGGUUAUUCCGAAUGCAACCCGAUUACGGAUCCGGACGGAACGUCAAGUGCCAAAACUUGGCGUUAUGUUGGUUGGCUGGGGAGGAAAUAACGGGACGACUGUGACAGCGGCCGUUCUUGCCAACAAGCUGGCUCUGUCGUGGCCGACGCGCAACGGGCACCAAGAGGCCAACUACUAUGGCUCAUUGAUGAUGUCAUCAACCGUUUCACUGGGCAUGGGACCUGACGGCCGUGAUGUGUACAUCCCUUUCCAUGACUUGUUGCCUAUGGUUCAUCCAGACGAUAUCGUUCUCGAUGGCUGGGAUAUAUCAUCGCUGAAUUUAGCCGCCGCCAUGGACAGAGCCCGGGUUCUCGAACCAUCUCUGCAGGAACAACUGCGCCCUUAUAUGCAAAAGAUGAAACCUAGGCCAUCAAUUUAUUCUCCAGAUUUCAUCGCAGCCAAUCAGUUGGAGAGAGCCGAUAAUCUUAUUGUUGGAACGAAGCGAGAACAAAUCGAACAAAUCCGCAAAGAUAUUCGCAAUUUCCGCGCCGAGCACGCUUUGGACAAAGUUAUUUUGCUGUGGACGGCCAACACGGAGCGCUUCGCUGACAUCGUUCCAGGACUAAACGACACAGCCGAAAAUUUAAUGCGUUCCAUCAAAAACGAUGCCAGUGAAAUCUCGCCUUCGACAUUGUUUGCUGUGGCUAGCAUCUUAGAAGGGUGCGCAUUUAUCAAUGGAUCGCCUCAGAAUACCUUCGUCCCUGGCUGUAUGGAAAUGGCGGAGAAAGCCAACGUCUUUAUUGGCGGAGACGAUUUCAAAUCGGGCCAAACCAAGCUGAAGUCUGUGUUGGUUGAUUUCUUGGUCAGUGCUGGCCUCAAGCCCGUCUCCAUUGUUAGCUACAAUCACUUGGGGAACAAUGAUGGGAAAAAUCUAUCUGCCCCACAACAAUUCCGUUCUAAGGAGAUUUCCAAGAGUAAUGUCGUAGAUGAUAUGGUGGAGUCUAAUCCGGUGCUCUAUAAACCGGGAGAAAAACCUGACCACACUGUUGUGAUCAAAUACGUUCCCUAUGUCGGCGACAGCAAACGGGCCAUGGAUGAAUAUACCUCGGAGAUCAUGAUGGGUGGUCACAACACAUUGGUUAUCCACAACACGUGUGAAGAUUCCUUGUUGGCUAGCCCAAUCAUCCUCGACUUGGUCAUUCUAACUGAACUCUGCCAACGGAUUACAUUCCGCGGACCAAAUCAAACGACUUACCAACCGUUCCACUCAGUCCUAUCUAUCCUCAGUUAUCUGUGCAAGGCUCCCUUAGUUCCCGAAGGAGCACCCGUUAUCAACUCGCUCAACCGUCAGCGAUCUAGCAUCGAGAAUAUUUUCCGCGCUUGCCUUGCUCUACCUCCGGUUAAUCAUAUGAUGCUGGAGCAUCGUUUCGCCAAGCCUCUUCACGUUUCAAGCCCAACGGCGGCCGCUAAAGGCGAAACAAAGCUUGACAGCCCAACUAAAACGAAGCCUUACAUCAAUGGCAUCUCGCAAAUCACGGAGGGGGUUAACGGUCUCUAAAAAAAAAUUAUUAUUAGUAAAAGCUAGUCGUCAUGACUGCUUCGUAUGGACCAUCGUUCACAACACUUUACAACGCGUUUUCCGCGUGAUGCCCGUCUCAAUUAAAUCUGUAUCAGUUUAGCGAAUUAAUUACCUAUGAUUGCCAACAACUAUUUGCCAACAGCUAUAUAAGACCAGAGUAUCCAAAUUGAAGAAAACCAUUUUUCAUUAAAUUACAUCCGUCGUUCAAUUGUCUCUAACAAUGAAAAUACAGAGAAAAUCUGAAAAGUAAA